GCCAGCCGCCCUGUGGUCGGGUUAACACGUGAGCGUUAGCGGGGUCGUUAGGAACAACAAAGACAUGGCCCGUGAGUUUUUGACCAUCACUCACUCUUGAAUCCUUGGGGCAGUGUAUUGGACAUUAAUGGCAGUGAGAACACGGCACGUAAGUCUUGUGAUGAUUGAUAGCGUUGUGAUGACAAGCAGGCUGGCAGUGACAACUUUCUGACAGGCAGAAUGGUGGGUAAAAUAAAAAAAGAAUAUUCCAAAGACCCAGGCAAGAGUUACUCAGAAAUCAAAUAUCUGGAACGCGUGGAAAACACAGAGAAUGAUACUUUUCCAUAUGUCGAUCUGAUUUCAAAUGGCGACAUGUCGUGCACGGCCAGCUCAGAGAAAACAGAAGACACACGCAAAUUACGCAAGGAGCAGCCUGCGUUAGCGCUUCCAAAGUAUGUGUCUUCAUUGCAGGCCCGCAUGAACUGUUUGUGCUACGUCAUCAUCUGCCUUACUGCAGCGUUAAUCAUCUCCAUCACUUACUGUAUAGUCGAAAUUAGAAACCUUAAGCACGAUUUGUCAAGUCUGCAGGCGACCGUCGCACAACCCCCAAAGUGGCCUUAUGUCAACAGGAAGCUCAUGCACCCUAUGGGGUCCGGCUAUGGAUGGAGGGACAAUGCCAGGCGAAGAAAGAGGCACAGCUCUGAGUUUGACGAAAGCUCAGUCCAGGAUUGGUUGUUGGUGAAUACGUUUGCGAGAAAUACGAGAUCGAAGGAGGGAAUGAUAUCAGCUAUAAAAGGCUACUGUCGUGAGGCUAAACUAUACUGUGCAUCUGAAGGCCCACGAGGUCCUCCAGGAGACAAAGGAGAAAAAGGAGAAAAAGGUGACCCUCCAGAUACAACAUUAUUAGCCAUGAACUUAGCCAGUUUAGAGUCUGUCAGAGGUCCCCCAGGACCAAAAGGAGACAAAGGAAGUGACGGGAUGCCUGGUCCGAUAGGAUCCAAGGGUGAUCCGGGUCCACCUGGACAACCUGGUCAAAACGGCAUUGCUGGUCCAAGAGGAGCCAAAGGUGAUCAAGGAAUGAGAGGCCUAUUGGGAUUUCCUGGGGUACAGGGACCACCAGGUGAGACAGGCAUUCAAGGCCCAAAAGGUGAGCCAGGUGAACCAGGAAAAGACGGCUUACCUGGGUUUCACGGCAGUAAAGGUGACAGGGGACCUCCUGGACCUAAAGGAGACAGGGGACAAGGAGGAGUGCCCGGUAUUCCAGGACUGAAAGGGUAUGUUGGAGACAUAGGACCCCCAGGUCCCCCUGGACCUACAGGACAGAGAGGAGAGCCCGGAUAUUGCCCAGUGCACUGUAUGGAACCAGAACGCACUAUCCAAUCCCAACCACCUCGUAACACAGCCUCCAUCUUGAUUCCUUGGAUAUUACCCAUCAUGCAACUCGUUAUAACCAGUUUAACUACAUAGUCCAAUUUGGAAGGAGUUUGCUUACGACAGUUUUGGAAAUCUGGAUUCACAGAUCAAGAAAAUGACAAAAAUCUCUGGUUUCUGACAACCAAAGAACAAAAUUUUCGAAAUUUCUAUAUAUUAUAACAGAUAUUAUUUAAUGAAUUGAUACAUACUGAACAUAGACUAAACUUGACUACAACGUAAGGUAAAGUAAGACCAGUUAGUCUAGACAGAUGUUCAAUCUUUGGUGUGAUUAGAAAGACUUUGAGAAAGCAUUGGGCCAGAGACAAGGGAGACCGAUGUGGCAAUGAGUUUGUAAAAAAAAAUAAAAAAAAAUAUUGAUUUAAGUCCCUUGUACACCGCAUAACCGAGUUGGAAUAGCGUUAAGAAAAUAUACUUGUAAAUUUUCACUUGGGAUUAAAAAACAAAAGUAUACAAAAGAAACGUGCCGAAAUAAUGUAGGUUGACUACUCUAGGAUCUGCUUAGCCUUAGUUAUAGGAUACACGUAGUUAUGGGUAGUAGUCCCGUAUAAUUGUAGACCAUACUAUUUGACCAUAGAAAAGACUUCCUUAGCAUUUAAAGUACGUCAGUAUAUCUAUGUAAUAGAAGUAGUUGAUAUGCUGUGAUAUGUACAUUAAAUAAAUAUUCUUGAUAUAAACUGUAACAAAGAAUACAUUUACUUGUUGAGGACGUUUAAUGUUGCAACAGAAUCCUUGAUAUACUUGAGAUCUUUUGUUUUUCUUUUCGAUGAAAUUUCAUUUAAAGUCAUCUUUUUUCUUAAAUUAAAAAAGCGUUUUCAAUCAUUCUAUAUUUUUCUCAUAAGCUUCAAUUAUCAUAAUAAUUUCUAACUGCAAUCACAAUGCUGUAAUUUAUUUUUUUUAGUAUAACUUUUGAUCUAUGUGUUUCCUGUAAUAGAAAUAGUGCUUUACUUUUUGUAUGAAGGGAACAACUUUUUGUUUUCUAAUCCAACCACUUGGAAACAAAAAAAGUCUUUUAUUCUAUGCGUACAACUUAGAUCUGUACUGGAUCGCUGCAUUGCGAUCACAUUUCAAUCCCAUGGAAGUCAAAAGUGGGUUCCAAUAUGGUGGGAUUAUGAACAGUUUAGAGACGUUAAUGUUUGCUUUUAAAGAUGUGGCUGUUUUAUUUCUGUUUACUUUUUUUUUGCAAUAAUAAACACUUUGACUACAAAUGAUAUUAUGUGAUGUUUUUUUUUUUUUUUUUUUUUUUACAAAAUUGUAUUUCAUUUUAUGAUGCACAGCAUGACCGAGAUUUAUUUUAUUUCAAGUCUGUGGCAUUUGAAGUCCUAAUUAUUACCGUUUCCUUGUGUAACUCGUCAUGUGACUAAAAAGGCCAAUCGUUGAUACACAGCUGCGGUCACGUGUUGGGCAUCAGUAAUGACCAGACGCUGUAGUACUGUCAUCUUUCUUUCUAUUUCUAAUUGAAAUGUAAGAAAACGUAAAUAAGAACUCACCCGUCUGACUGCAGAAUCGUCUGACUGCAGAAUCGUCUGACUGUAGAAUCGUCUGACUGUAGAAUUGCCUGACUGCAGUAUCUAAGUUUCAACAGAAUUCUUAUAUAUUCAUGUGAAGAUCGUAUUCAUCAUUCUUUUUGUAGUACAAAUUGAAUCUAUUUACAAGUGAAUCUAUUUACUAGUGCAUCUAUUUACUAGUGCAUCUAUUGACUAGUGAAUCUAUUGACUAGUGCAUCUAUUGACUAGUGCAUCUAUUGACUUCUAUGAAAUGGCCCAUGAUGCUUUGUCUUUUAAAAUACACGACUAGAUUGUGGCUCUUUUUAAGCUUAAAAAAAACCAGCCUGUUCUCUUGCAUAACAUUGCUUUCACUGUUGGUUAGAAACAUGAAUUAGAUUGAAUUUAUAUUUUUGUUUUCAAUUUUAAUAUAACAUUUCAAAUUGAUCCAUCUUGCCGUUUCUUGUCUGUUUGUAUAGCUUUGAACAUUCUCUUAUUUUUUACCUUCAACAAAUAAUUCUUUUAAAAACAUUUUAUAUGUGUCCCCAUCUAUGCUUUAUUGAAGACUUAAAUGCUUUAAACUGCUACGUAUAUAUAUAUAUAUAUAUAUAUAUGUUUUACAAACUCACAAUAGACGACUGAAUGUAUUGAUCACUCUGUUACUUAGAUUUAGUUUAUGUUUUUUUUUUCUUAUUCCAU